UCAAGCUUUUCAUUUCCGAGGCUUUCGAGAUUUUUGGUGUUCGUAUUUCAUUGGGGAAAUUUUUGAACUAUUUUGUUCUUUCUCAUUACAUCCCAAUGCAUUAAACUUGGUUACUUACCUUCCAUUGAGUGAAUGAAGUGUUUUGUUUAAUCUUUGAGCGGAAAUUUUGGGGAUUUUCGUAAACUGACAACUUGGGUUUUGCAAGAUCCGAAUAUGUCAACGGGCAAACCCAAAGACGGUGAUCUUCAGGUGGUUUCAGUGACAGAUAAGUCGAAACCGCAGCUUCCGCUGGCGACAGCAGCAUCCAAUGCACUUGUGGAAUAUACUCCGUUUGCGUUUAAGGAAGAAGAGGAGGACCUUGAGAUUAAGCUCCGACGGAUUAUUGAUAAUGUACCCGUUCGUGUCAGCAACACGUCUGGUAGCUCUGCUGGUUCUGGCUCUGGCGACUUUCAUCAGUAUCGACAGAUGAGACGGAAAGAGCAAGAUAGACUUGCAAGGAUGGAAGUUGAUUACCAGAAAAGGAAAGAAGUGGCAGAGUUUAACCUGAGACGGGAGGAAAGAUUAAAAGCUGCUGAGGAACGAACAGCAAAGAAGCGGUUGAAGCGUCAAAAGAAAAAACAAAGAAAGAAGGAGAAGAAGAGUAAAUUGAAUGCUGGAGAAGAGCAACAACAUAGAGAAGAAUCUUCAGAUAAUGGGGACUCUGACGAUGAAGAUGAGGCGUCAUAAUGAAACAAGCCUUGGCUUUCGCAUGAUGCUUCUACCUCUUUCAUGGAUGCACUGAUUGAGUAUCUAUUUGAAAACAUGUUUCAUGCUGCCAAAAGGCCUAAAUUUGGUUUUGGCGUUGGCAAACAUGUCCUUAGGCGGAACAUACACAAUCAUGCUACUUCACUGGGGUUUCCAGGUUGUGUAUUUUGUUUUGGGAGGUGCUACAUUUGUAAGGUUAAUAGAUGGCCAUGAGACUCAGUUUUUCCCUCCUACAUCUCCGAUUUCUCCAGAACAAUAACUACCUUCUAUUGAUUCACCCUAACUCUAUAGAUGUGAACGGAAAAUUUCAAAUCA